AUGGGGCAGGAGGGGAAGGGAGGGGGAGAAGGGAAGCAACUGGCGCUUAAGAUCGCGAGGAUUCUGGAUGAAUGCCGGCUGUCCCAGGCAGUUCACCAGCGCAAGCUCCGGGAGCUCUCGGCAAUCAGGUCCACCUCGCACGUCGGGUUCGUCUCUUCGUUCACCUGGGCCUUGACGCCGCUCUUUGAGGUCUCCAAGAAGACCGCCUCCAUCGAGAGGAUUGUCCGAUUCGUGUCGACUUUUGCCGCUCCCCGGGGUGUCAAGACCGGUAAUGUCACCUGCGACUCCUUCCUGGUGGAGUUUCUCAGGUUUCUUCUGGUAGCAGCACGCUCCGCCAGCAAGACAGCGCGGCUCCGAGCGUGCCAGAUUGUCUCUCAGGUGACAUAUUCUUAUCAUUAAGGGGAUUGUGGUCGUCUAUUUCCCCCCAACACGUUCACCUUUUCCGUCAUUUUUGCCGGGGAAGAGUGAGGUUGUUUCUCUCUCAUAUAGUAUUUAGUACGGCAUUUUUUGAAAGCCAAUUUUAUCUUCUCAAUCCAUAUGAUUUUUUCUACUGCUGCAUGAAGGGAAAUUUCAUCAAUUUUCGUAACUCGCAUUUGUUUCGCCAAAACUGAGUCUCAAUUAUGUUUUCUUUUAAUCGGAAGUUAUGUUCUUUACCUCUGUUCGUCCAUCUUUGUAAUGUGGGACUUCUACUUGGUUGUGCUCUUUGUUCAUCACUUCUAGAUUCCAUAACGGUUGAUCACUGUUAAAAAAUAAAUAAAUUCACAUAGAUUACUGGAAAACAAGAUGUCUUGAAUGUUAGCCUCCCUGCUUGGUUUUUCUUUGGAAAAAAUCGUCAUACUGGUCGAUAAUUGUGUCUUUCUGUAGAUCAUAGACCUGCUACCAGAUGAUGCUGACGUGAGUGACGAAGUUUGGGAUGGCGUCAUUUAUCGCAUGAAGGAGCGUGUAGAGGACAAGGUUCCUGAUGUUCGCGCUUGUGCUGCUCGUGCCCUAUCACGCUUUGCUAAUGAUGGGGGGAACUGUGACAUUAUUGACCUACUCCUCCGAGCUCUUUCUCAAGAGCCAAACACUGUGUGUUUUGGAACUCGUUUCACUAUCUUCUUUGUUAUCAUCCUUACUUUCUGUUGGUUUUUAAACUGUUUCGAUAUCGUUUAUGUGUAGGAUGUUCGGAAAACGAUUGUGCAGUCCUUACCCCCAACAAAUUCUACAUUGGCAUCCAUUAUUGAUUGCACUCUUGAUGUCCAUGAAUCAGUGCGCAAAGCUGCAUAUGUUGUUUUGGCAUCUAAAUUUCCACUUCAAAGUCUCAGGUAGCAUUGUACGUUUAAUUGGUCCAAAUCCGAGUUUGAUUGGUUUGUAUGAUUAUUCAUCUUCAUCUUUUCCAUCAAUGUCCAGUAUCAAGCUUAGAACUCUGCUUCUUCAAAGGGGUUUGACGGAUAGAUCAUCAUCAGUAACAAAUGAGUGUCUUAAGAUGCUGAAGGAAGAGUGGCUUAUGAAGUGUUGUGAUGGUGACCCCAUUACACUUCUAAGGUACCUUGACGUUGAAACAUAUGAAUCAGUGGGGGAGACAGUAAUGGAAGCCCUUCUAAAGGAGGGAGCUGUCCAAGUGCAAGAAGGUCAGAGUAUUCGGCAUUUUUUAUCAUCAACAACCAACAAAAAUGAAGGUAUCUAUUAUAUUCAUUGAUGAUGCACAGUUCAUGUGACAUUAAGGAAUUCGAUCAUAAUUGACUAGUGCCCUCUUCUGUUUUGUUCACGUGGUAAUGUUUUUUUUUGGUUACUUGAGAAUUCCUUCUUUGUGAUCUUAGAUUUGAGAUAUUAUAUACACACUUUUCAUCAAAAUGGUCUUUAUUUUUUAGUCAAGUGAGGAUUUCUUUAAUAAUUUUUUCGUUCAUACGAAGUAAAUUUUUUCUCCUAGUGUUGAAUAGUACAGCUAUGACCUGUAAAAGCGUCAAAAUUCGACGCAUUUGGUAUCUGGGCUGGGGAUGAAGGUUCUGGUUCUUAUCUUUUAAGGGCUGUAUGAUGGUAAAGGGGAAUUUUUUUUCUAAGAGAGUCUGUUGAAGAAAAUUUUUGACGCAAAGGUAAAGGAGAGUUUAUUGCUAGGGAUAAUGGUCAGAUCCUCUAGUAGUUUUUUUUUCUUCUAUGAAAACCUCGUCUUUCAGAUACGGUUUAAUAAGAUGCCGACAUCUCUUGUAGGUUAAUGUUAAAUGUACUUAAGUCUGCUGCGUAGAAGUGGACUAUCAAUCGCUGCCAUGGUAACAGAUAUGUGGGUGAACAUGGAUCUGCGAAAAAGGAAUGUCAUCUCAAAGGGAUGAAACCAUUUGUUACAUAUUAAGUAUAUAUCCGAGAAACGAUCAGUUAAAGUGAAUUGAUUAUAUAUCUUGUUCUGUUGUAUCAUAAUACAAAACAUCACAAAAACUUGGGUUGGCUUAGUAAAUUAGAAAAAAGGCCUGGAAAUUUCGAAACUGUUACCAUGAUGAAAUUCGCUGCACAAGUUAUGCAUUAGAUUUGAUCUCAAUGCUUGAUAAUUUUCGGUGACUUCUGCGAAGAAAGAAUGAAGUUCUGAAUACAAGUUUCUGCGUCAUCUGCUACGUUGCCUCAUUUGCUACAUACCUACUACUAGUUAUUCCUGCUGUUUUACUGACGAGAUCAUUUGUACGAUAGAGGAAACAAACUGCCAGUGAUAAACAAUAGGAUACCCAGUGUGCUCAAUGGCUUGGUAAUCCAAGUAUUUUGCCAAAACGAUCCAAUCCUUAAAACGGGCAUGCAUUUAUUGGAUCAGUGGUCUAUCAUAUCUAACAGCAGUAAGUUUACUUAUUGGUGACGAGGGCCGGAGACUUUGAGUAUGACCAUGUGCAAAAGAGAAUGAUGCUGCAUCAAUAUGUCACGAAGUACGGCUAUUUGAAGAAUAGAGCCAAUAUUCGAAACCACUGGCUGUGAUAAUUCUUCAUCCCUGUUUACAUUAUAUAUUUAUUUAUGCCAAAAAACGUUUGACUCCACUUCCAGCCAAGGAAAAGCCUCAUAAAUGAAAUUGCAUCAUCAUGCAUUCUUAAUAAAUCCCGCAAAUGUUUAAUAGGUAAAUGUCUUUCAUGGACUUCAUAUAUAUGGAUAUAUCUCUUAACGUUUUAGUUUGUGAUUAAAGUUGUUUGAGGAAAACACACAGGCUGAGCCGUUCUUGUUUUAUUUUUCAUUUGUAGUGGAUUUAUGUUAUAUUGAAGUAGAUACAACAAUGAACAACAAUGUUUAUGUAUAAUACUUUUGGAUUUUAACUUGUUUCUCUGGAUACCAGUGGAAGGACAAAGCAUUACUGGCGUCCAAUUGAUGGAAGCAGAAGUUGCGCUUUACUGGAGGACUGUAUGCAGACAUCUGCAAGCUCAAGCACAAGUAUGAUCUAUGGUUUUCAUCAUGAUAUCUUUUUUGUUGUCGUCAAGUUUGAUGAUGAAUUAUUUAGAGCUUACAAUUUGAGGAUCUUCUGUAAGAAUGGAAAGAAGUUCUGUGCUACCUAUUUAAUAUGGUCUCAUAAUCUUCUUCUAUUCUACAGUAGAAUAAAUAACUCGUCAAGAAAAAAAUUAUUGCAAAGUUGGAAUGUCCUCCCGAAAUUUAUUUGGCACGAUGCAUUCUCUAUUUACAUAGUUUUUAUGAGACAACAUUUAUUUCCAAUGGACACUCUUUUAUAAAAAAAUCGAUAGGAUAGGAACAGACGGAUCAGUUGAAACUUAUGCACCUCCAAUCAAAUCUUUUUGCAUACAAAAGUAUCAUUAAUUUGAUGCGUUGUAGUUUUUGAUUACUCACCUCACUAAUUCAAAGACAUAAAUUCUUCGUACUUUUAUUUCUGUUCACUUUUAUUUAAGUUUCCAAUGAUGUCUCAUUGAAAAAAGGCAACAUAGGUCUUGUCAAUUAAAAAAUGUAUCUAAAGUCAAUUUCACUAAUUGAAAUAAGUUAUAUCGUAAUAUUAUACAAAUUUGAGAGGGUAGAGUAUAUCACGUUUUAUAACCUGAUCUAUUAUUAGACUGUAAGGAUAGUAAGAGCAUUUUGUUCUAAAAAAGUGACGCAGAUAUCUUUAUCUUUUUCUCCAGGUUCUCUUUCCUGUCGCAUUUUGAUUUAUAUCUAUUUCCUGUUAAUUUUUAGGAAUCUGUUAUGAUUUAGCCUGGCUAAAAUCUCUUUUUUUUUCAGUAUCAACUAUGCAUUUGAUGCCGUAAUUGUACUUUCACAUACUUUAGGGUUGACAUACGGUCCGCUGCAUCCUUCAAAAUCUUUUAGCAAAUUGUUCUACCCUAGUAACUUAAGAAUGGUUUUUUGACAUCCUUAUUUCAGAGUAUCUUGUCAUUUUCUAAUUAGGGGCUCCUUGUGGAUAUUUCCAUUUUCUGUUUGCGAAACUUAUAAAUAUAUGCCAAAUCGUAGUCUCCCUCGCACUAGCUGCAUCUUCACCGUUGACUUCUGAUCUGCCACUCAGGCCAAAGGUUCUGAUGCCGCAGCAACAACUGGCACUGAGGCAGCAGUAUAUGCGUCCGAAGCUACAACUGAAAAUGACCUGCUUGAAAGCGUGCUUCCUGUUACAGUUUCCGAUUACAUUGAAUUGGUCGAGGCCCAUCUUUCCGCAGGUACUGAACCUCCAUAUCCAUGGCUUUUGUAGGUUUUUAUAUGUUGAUAUGGACACCUCCCGCCCCACCCACACCCCCAUUGUCUUACGUUUGUUUCAGGUUCAAACUUCCGAUUUGCAUCCCGACAGCUUCUACUACUCGGCGCGAUGCUCGACUUUUCUGAUGUAGCGAACAGGAACGUAGCUAGCCGCUUCGUGCGUGAGCUCUUAUGCCGGCCAUUUGAGCACGAGAUUGAUGAUGAUGGACAUAAGGUCAUGAUAGGAGACGGCAUCAGUCUUGGCGGAGACAGAGACUGGUGCAGGGCGGUGGCGGCGUUGGCCAAGAAGGUCCACGCUUCUGUGGGCGAAUUCGAAGAGGUUGUGACAGGCGUUGUGGAGGAGCUCGCUCGCCCUUGUCGAGAGAGAACCGCAGAUUUAAUAGGCUGGACGCAAUGUCUUGCUGUAACCGGUCUUCUUCUGGAGAACGCCGAGUCCUACCGGUGCCUGCAAGGGAAGGCCAUCGAGCCCGCCGAACUCCUGCAUUCUCUGCUGCUCCCGGCGGUGAAUCCUCCUACCCGACUCCACUCCGCCCUUUGAAUUUUCCCAUUUUACAUGCCUUUGUAGAAAUCUUGUGCUCAUUUCUUGUCGGAUUGUGAUCACAGGCCAGGCAUAUUCACCUGGAUGUUCAGAGAGUGGCUGCCAGAUGUCUCGGCCUGUUCGGAUUGGUUGAAAGAAGGCCGAGCGAGGAGCUGGUGAAGCAGCUGCGGCUUGCCUUCAUCAACGGCCCACCUCAGGUCAGGGUUAUGGCCAGCAGGGCGCUUAUAGAUCUUGCUACAUGGCACGGCCCGCAGGAGCUCGACAGAGCCAUUGGGCUGGAGCCGCCGCCUCCGAACGAGAAGAACAGCUUCACUCCGGUCGAUCUGUCCAGUGGAAGUGAUGAUCUGAGUCUUUGGUUGCUGGACCUCUUUUACGCUGGGCUCAAGCAGGACGAAUGGGGCCAGAGCUCCGAGGAGGAUGAGCAGGAGACUGUACACGGCGUUCUUGGGGAGGGCUUCGCCAAAAUUCUUCUGCUGAGAGAGAACUAUCCAAGCAUCCCCGCCUCCUUACACCCCUUGAUCUUGGGCAGGCUCAUAUGCCUGUAUUUUUGCUCCGAACACAAGGAGUUCGAAAGGUAUCCUAAUCAAAUCCUCUGCAUACUUUCCUCCUCUCACGUCCCCUACGAUUAUAUAUAUAUAAUCAUGGUUGACUUUCGUCCUCUUUCGACAGGUUGAAACAGUGCUUGUCGGUGUUCUUUGACCAUUAUGCCGCUCUUUCAGAAGUCAAUAAGGCGAGUAUCUUUGGGCGUUUUUCGUUCCUUUCUUUCAGAAGUCAAUCGUUCCCGUUAAUAUCUUUUCCUCCCGAAAUCAGGCGUGUAUCUCCAGGGCCUUUGUCCCCGUCAUGAGAUCCAUGUGGCCGGGGGUCAACGGCAACGCCGUGGGAUACCAGGUUCUUGCGAGGAAGCGAGCGGUCAACGCUUCGCGCUUCAUGUUGCAACUGAUGCAGACUCCGGUCUACCAGUCGAAGGCCGAAGAGGCAGAGAAGAGCCCAGACAGCCUAUCCACCUCGGGGAAGUCAACCCUCGACAUGGAGAGCGGAGAGGAAGGGCUCGCUAUCCGCAUAGGUGCCGAGGUAAGAUCAGCAGUCAACCGCGAGGUAAGAUCGGUGCAUCGAAACCCUUCACGAAUCUCGUCUGCCGCUUUGAGCAGGUCGCAAAUUUCCCGGCGAGGACCAGCGCCGCCGGCAGAUCGUACAUCUCGGCAUUGUGCAGAGUCGCCGUGGCCCUGAAAUUCAGGAGCUCCCAGCAGGAGGCGAUAAAGUUCAUGAGGGAACUUUUAGAACCCAUGAUGGAAGCUGCGUCGAAGGAGAAGGAGCUUCUAAAAGAGUUGUCUCGGAUGGCCGCCAAGCUGAGAGCUCUGGACGAGAGCCCCGACCAGGACCUGCCGGCGGAGGUCGCCGGCGACAUUCAUGGUACACGCUCUCUUCUCUUUCCCCACCCGCUCAAAUACAGUUGAAUGCGUACGGCCUGGUCUCACGCGGAGGAUCUUCAGGGAGGUUACAGCUGGAGGUUGACCUCAAGAUAGACGCGCCGACGAAGCCGGCGACGCGCCCGCCGAGGGCGGCGCCGCCCAGGAGAGAGAGACGGUUCGCAGUGUCUUCGCGUUCUUCUUCCUCUGCCAGCGACGAGGACUGGGGCCACCCAUCGGCCACUCCCGCCACUGCUGCGCGCGCGCAGAGGCGGAGCAAGACGGCGGCGAUGAGCAGGCUGACGGCCGGAGCUGCGGCAGACGGCGAGGGGGACUCGGAAGUGACGUCGGAGGGGGUCUCCGACGAGGACAGCGAGUGA